GUGCCCACCACAUUUUGAAUAAUUUACCAGCAUUAAUAUCAUCUCUCCCCUGAUCCUGAUUGGUAUUAUUCAUUCAUUCAUUCUGAUUUCCUUAAUUAAUCCAUCUUGUUCGUUCAACUGUCUUCAAGUGCUGUUACUCCCAUUCUCUCCCACACGGAAUACAUAUAAACAAGGGAAGACUGCAACAGAGACUGACCGACUGACGAUGGAGUGGGGAUUCCCAGCCCCAGCUGGGUCUGAGAUUCCGUGCUGCAGCACCACCAUCUUGCCCUUCACAAGAGGACAACACCAAUCCAAAUCCAAAUCCAAAUGCAGCAGAAGAAGACAAACAGAAACAGUUGGGGGGAUCGAAGCCGCCGAAGAAACUAGUAGAAUUAAUAGUCCCACACCUGCAGCAACUUCCAGCUGCUGCAACGUCAACCCAGCACUCAUCUCUGUUUCUGUUUUUGUUUUCUUCCUAUUGUAUUUCUCAGUGUUGUUGGGUUGCCCCCAAGUCCAAGCAACACCAACAUCAACAUCACCCCAUGACUUCAAUCAAACCCGACACAAGAAGCUCAACUACAUCAGAGCCCAUCUGAAGAACAUCAACAGGCCUCCUGUCAAGACAAUUCAGAGUCCUGAUGGUGAUAUCAUAGAUUGCGUAUUAUCUCACCAACAGCCAGCUUUUGAUCAUCCUCGAUUAAAAGGACAGAAACCGAUCAUGCUGGAUCCACCGGAAAGGCCAAAAGGGCACCUGAGCGGCGCGGUUGAAGAAGAACAAUUUGAGUUUCAUCAGUUUCAGGCAUGGAGCAUGUCCGGCGAGUGUUGUCCGGAAGGCACCAUUCCCAUAAGAAGAACAAGUGAAGAAGAUGUCCUGAGAGCGAGCUCUAUCAGAAGAUUUGGACGCAAGGCAAUUAGAAGGCCUGUGAUCAGGCGAGACUCUUCCGGCUACGGUCAUGAGCAUGCAGUGGGGUAUGUGAGUGGCAAUGAAUACUACGGGGCGAAAGCAAGCAUCAAUGUGUGGGCUCCUCGGGUUGCAAACCAGUACGAGUUCAGCUUAUCACAGAUAUGGGUCAUAGCAGGCUCCUUUGCCAAUGACCUCAACACCAUUGAAGCCGGUUGGCAGGUUAGCCCGGAGCUUUAUGGCGACAACCAUCCCAGAUUCUUCACAUACUGGACUACCGAUGCGUACGAGGCAACAGGGUGUUACAAUCUGCUCUGCUCAGGUUUCGUCCAGACUAACAAUAGAAUAGCAGUUGGGGCUGCGAUAUCUCCCAUCUCUGCAUACAGGGGAGGCCAAUUUGACAUCAGCUUAUUAGUUUGGAAGGAUCCAAAGCAUGGGCACUGGUGGCUGGAAUUGGGUAAUGGAAGAGGGGGGGUUCUAGUGGGGUACUGGCCAGCACUCCUGUUCACGCAUCUUAGGAGGGGCCAUGCGACCAUGAUCCAAUUCGGUGGGGAGAUUAUAAACAGCAGCAGCAGGGGGAGGAGGAGGAGGAGGAGGAGGGCGAGGAUGAACAAUGCAAUUAGAUCAUCAUCAGCAGCAGCAGCAGCAUCAAUGCACACGACCACCCAAAUGGGGAGCGGGCAUUUUGCUGGAGAAGGGUUCGGGAGGGCGUCUUACUUCAGGAACGUACAGGUGGUGGACUGGGGCAACAGUUUGAUCCCGGCCUCCAAUCUCAGGCUAUUGGCAGACCAUCCAAACUGCUACAGCAUCAGAGGAGGGAUGAACAGGGUGUGGGGCAACUAUUUUUAUUACGGGGGUCCAGGGAGGAAUCCCAGAUGCCCUUAGUUAGAACACUAGGAGGUUAGAUCAGAUCAGAUCAGAUCAUCUGAAACUAGAAGAGUGGGAGUGGGAGUGUUGCAUCUGCGUGUAUACUACUAAAUCAUACUAGCACACAACUGCUGCUGCUGCUGGUACUACUAGUAAAUGUAAUUGGACUUGAGUUGAGUUGAAUUCUGAACAAAGUCGACUUAA